GCGGGGGAGGGUGGGCUUCUCUGAGACCCUCCUCACCCUGGACUCCCCCGUCUUUGGAUCGCGCGUGGAUUAAAGUGCAUAUCGGAGGAUUCCAGCGUCACCUUUGGGCGCAGCGAUUUCAGAGCUGAUCCAGAGCUCGCCAUCACCACCACCACCACCACCACCACCACCUCCACCUCCACCUCCUCCCUGCAUCGUCUCACUGGGAUUUUGUCCUGUUUUAAAGUGGAGAUUUGGGCUGAGAUCCACGUCCCGAGGUGUGCGCGCGCGCGUGCGUGUGAGCGUGCGUUCUUUCUUUUUUUUUUCUUUCUUUUUUUUUUUGGUUUAUUAUAUUUUUGAUUUUUCUCGGGUUUAUGUAAGUCGUUCUCUCAUUGGAGACUAUCGGCGCGAAGGAGCCGCGGAGAGGAGGCGUCCGGGGACGUGGACAGCGCCUGGUGCUGAAGCCGGUCCGGACGCGCCUGGUCCUGAGGUCUCCCAGUGGCUGAAGGUUUCCUUCGUUACUCCAUCGGCACGGCAGAUCAGCAGCCCUGGAGAGGCAGAUAAGAGAAACUCCGAAGCACAGAGUUCUCCUCACAUCAUUAAAGCCCUCAGACACUGAUGGUUCCCGAGGGACUUUCGCUCCAUCACCGAGGGUGGUGCUGAUCAUCCGAAUCCCCUGCAAGAACACAGCAUGCCUGCUUGAGAUGAGUGACACAGGAAGAGCCUUCAUCUGCGGACCAGGAAGCUGAUAAACCAUGGAUCGGUGGUACAUUUUGUGUGUGAUUCUGAUGGGGGUUUUGGUGCGGGGGCAACACUGUCCAGGGCGCUGUAUCUGCCAGACAAUUUCCCCGACCCUGACCCUGCUAUGCGCCAAAACCGGCCUCCUAUUCGUACCCCCAACUAUCGACCGCAAGACCGUGGAGCUGAGGCUGACGGACAAUUUCAUCACAGCCGUCCGCCGCAAGGACUUCUUCAACAUGACGAGCUUGGUGCACCUGACCUUGUCCCGGAAUACCAUCAGCCAGAUAGCCCCGCAUGCCUUUGUGGGACUCAAGGCAUUGAGGGCACUGCACAUGGAUGGUAACCGACUGACCGAUAUACGGAAUGACCAGCUGAAGGGUUUGAUCAACUUGCGGCAUCUAAUCCUGGGCAACAACCAGAUCCACCACAUCGACUCUUCCUCUUUCGACGAGUUUGUGUCCACUAUCGAGGAUUUGGAUUUGUCUUAUAACAACCUGAGGACGUUGCCUUGGGAGGCUAUUGCCAGGAUGACCAACAUAAACACACUAACUCUGGAUCACAAUCUCAUCGACCACAUAGGAGCCGGAACAUUCACCCUCCUCACCAAACUGGUUCGACUGGACAUGACGUCGAAUCGCUUGCAGAAACUGCCCCCAGACAGCCUCUUCCAGCAUGCCCAGGUGUUGUCCGACCCCAAAGGCUCCUCCAGUUCCUCCCGGCUGACCGUGAGCUUUGGUGGGAACCCGCUCCACUGUAACUGUGAGUUGCUGUGGUUGCGCAGGCUUACGAGAGAGGAUGACCUGGAGACUUGUGCCUCACCUGAGCACCUGAUGGACAAGUACUUCUGGUCCAUUCAGGAGGAGGAGUUCAUCUGUGAGCCCCCACUCAUCAUCAAGCACCAUGCCACUAAGCCUUACGUGAUGGAGGGACAAGGCGUCACCCUCAAGUGUAAGGCCAUGGGGGACCCAGAUCCUGCGAUUCACUGGCGUUUUCCUGAUGGCAAGUUGGUACAUAAUAACUCGCGUACCAUCUUGUUUGAUAACGGCACUCUGGACAUCCUGAUUACCACCCUGAAAGACAGUGGUGCUUUCAACUGUGUUGCCUCCAACGCAGCUGGCAUCGCCACGGCGGCUGUAGACAUAAACAUGAUCCCGCUGCCAUUGUUCGUCAACAACACUGGUCACAUGAGGGAGGCAGAUCCUGGCCUCUCUGACAUAACCACCUCCACCAAAUCUGGCAACAACGACACCAAGCAGGAUAAGAGGGUGGUGGUGGAUGAGCUGACAUCCAACUCCGCCAUGAUCCACUGGCCAUCUGAGCGACACAUCCCUGGAAUCAGGAUGUACCAAAUUCAGUAUAACAGCACCAUGGACGACACAUUGGUUUACAGGAUGAUCCCUUCAGAGAGUAAGACGUUCAGGAUCAGUGACCUGGCAGCUGGUCGUGAAUAUGAGUUGUGCGUCCUGGCUGUUUACGAUGAUGGCAUUACCUCCCUGACGGCCACUCGUGUGGUGGGCUGUGUCCACUUCCGCACCGCGCCUGAAGCUGGCCAGUGCCGCUUUGUCCACAGCCAGUUCCUUGGUGGCACCAUGAUCAUCAUCAUUGGUGGAGUCAUCGUGGCCUCUGUUCUGGUAUUCAUCGUCAUCCUCAUGAUCCGCUACAAGGCCUACGACAGCUCCAAGGCUAAGGCUGGCGCCAGUGGUAAUACUGGUAGUAAUUCCAGCACUAACAUCCACGGUCAUUCACAGACCAACGGAAACCGCAUAGGACAUCCUGGGUCAAAGCAGCAGCAGCAGGGAGUUGACGAAUGCUCCCGUCGAAGGGAGUCCCAAGCUGGAACAGACUGCAAGGCCCUGGUACUUCUUAGCCUAGAAAGUGAAACUCAAGAGGAGCUAAAGGUGCAGCUGCCUCCACUAAGUCCAGAGGCACCAAUCCCAUCUGCAUCUGCGCCUGUCCAAUUACCACCAGGGUCCCGCAGGGCAAGUUUGGGAAACCCCCCUUCUGAGGACACCCAAACGGACAGCAGCCUGACGGGCUCCACCAUGUCCCUGUGCCUGAUCGGCUCCAAGGUGGGUGAGGAUGUGCCCCCACCACGGGCCCGGGACAGCCGGAAGGGGGCACUUGGUGGAAUGGGCCUGCUGCCGGGCGAACUGGCUAGGACCAGGCAUCGCUUCUCGUUCGAUGGUGAUUACGCCCUGUUCCAGAGCCACAGCUACCCCCGCAGGGCGCGGACCCGCAGGCACAAGUCCAGCACUAACCUGAACACUGACGCCUCACCGCCAGCCAGCCGCAGGGUCACGUUCAGCAGCACUGAGUGGAUGCUGGAGAGCACCGUUUGAGCAGUGGAGAUAUUGGACAAACCCGCUUGAACAUUAACUAACACACAUAAACUACACACACAGACAAAAUGAUGCAGUACCCAUAGAUUUUUACACAUGUCCACAUACAACAAACAGAACAGGUGCACCAGAGUAUGUGAGUGGAGUAGUGGGGCAGUAGGUUCCACUUACCACUUCAAGCAGGUUCCUCCUUCAUUCUUGCUUAAAUCCAUUUACAUUAUGCAAUGCUCGGUUUCUGAAAAGUUGGGCCUGGUGAUUAAUAAGUUCUCUUUGACAUGUUAUACUGAAAACAGCACAGAUCCAUUAAAUUUCUUUUUGUCUUUUUGUAAACAUGGAUUAAUUCCAAAUUUGAUGCCUGAAACACAUUCCCAGAAAUUUGGGUCAGGAGCAUGUUUACCACUGGGCUACAUCUCCUUUCCUUUUACCAGCACUUACUUAUAUUUAGGGAAUGAAGACAUACAAAUAUUCGGCUUUGUGAUUGUACAGGGCCUUCAUUGUAAUAUUUUGCACUUGAUAAUGCACAGCAUAUUUUCAACGGUAAACAGGCCUGGACUGCUAGAAAGGCCAGUCUAGCACCCACACUGUCUGAUUACGUUGCCAUCCUUUUGAAAUAAACAAGGACAUCCUUGAAAAAGACAUUGUCUAAAAGGCAGCAUAGGUUGCCCCAAAAGGUGUAUAUGCUUUUCCAAGUUUAUGAUGCCAUCAUAGAUUAAGUUACCUACUAAUACUCCUCCAUAACAUGACAGACCCUGGGUUACACUUGUAACAAUCUGGAUGGUCUAUGUCUUCUUUUACUUGGAGAACAAUGUUUGUUAAGGAUGAAAUACCUAAAAUUGUAACAACUGCUUAUUGAGAACAUUGGGCAUCAUUCAUCAACUAUUCUUCAGAAGAAAUUUCUUAAAACCGGCUUGAGUUUUUCCACAGAUUGAGAUAUCCAAUUCAAUGUUUUCUUAGAUUUGUCUGUAGGUACAGCACAAGAUCUACACACACUCAAGAGUACAAGCAGUUCUAAGAAGAUCUGACAUAGAAUUUUCCUCAAGGAGAAAUGUAAGGAAAAACAGAUAAUGGUGAAUGAGCUGUGGGAUGACAUGCUGCCACAUCUUUGGUAAGGCUCAGUGGUGAGGCUCAGUCUGUCCUUGCUUAUAGAAGACUAGCUUUUCCUGGAAGCUCCUUGUACAUGCAAGCUUGUUUGCAUCACCUGUUUAAUUCAUUUGUUGAAUAUUUUCAAACAGUGUUCCUUGUUUAAAACAGCUUGUCUCAACUUUUUUUGGAAUGUGUUUCAGGCAUCGAUUUCAGAAUGGGCGUAUAGGUAAAACACAGUGAUCCGGUGAUGCAGUGGGAAGUCUCACAGCUAGACACCCCUGAGUUUGAUUCCCUGGCCAAGCAACCAGGGUCUUUUCUAUCUAGAGUUUACAUGGUCUCCCUGUAUCUUUUUGGAUGUCCACUGGAUGCCCAAUUUCCUCCCAUGGUCCAAAACAUGUAGUCAGGCCAGUUGGACAUAUUUAAUAGCCCCUAGGUGUGAGUAUCUACCCUGUAAUGAGUUCCCUGCCUUCUGCCCAGUGAGUGCUGGGAGAGGCUCCAGCAACCCAGGAGGUCAAGUGGCUCAGAUGAGUAAAAUGAAAUAGGAAAAUGUUUUAUUUACAAUCCACAUACUGUCUCAACUGUUUUGGCAUUGAAGUUUGAAUAUUUUGUAUAUCUGGGCAUGACAUAUCGCUAGGUACAUGUUUGUAGGUAUAUAGGCUUGAAAUGAUUGGUCAAUCAAGCCAAACUGCCAAGAGCAAACAAAAACACAUACUUUUUAACACAAUUUACAUUCACACAGCAAAUGGAUGACUAAUUUUGAGUAAUGACUGUAGAAUACCCUUAAAAAAUAGUUUUUUAAAGGUUUGUAAAGGUUAGUAUAGGCAUUGGUUAUUUAUAGAACCAUGAACACUCAAAGAACCUUUUGAAUGCAAGAACUUUGCAUAAUUGAAUGGUUCUUCUCUGUGGUGGGUUACCUGUUGCAUAUGGUUCACCAAAGAACCUUUUUGGUUCUUUAUAGCAAGGCCUCCCAGUCUCUCUGCUGGUGACCACAUGAGUUUUCUCUACUCUACAUACCUGAUCCAGCUCAAUGUUCAAUCAAGUGUAUGAACAGUGUUCGGGUUGCCAGGACUGGGAUUCACUGCUGUGUACAGUUGCAUGCAAAAGUUUGGGCACCCCUGGCCGAAUUACAUGCUCUGCUGAUUUGAGGUUUGACAGAGAACCUCUGCUAUUUGGAUUGUUUAUGAACUCACCGGUCAAAUAAACACAACGUGUAAUUUGACUGGGGUUUUUCAAAUUUCUUGCAUAUGACCACAGCACCAAAAAGAUACUGUAUCUAUCGUAGACUCUUUUUUUUUGGUCUUAAAUUCCUAUUUAGUGUAGUGAAGCAGUGAGAAUGUACAGCAGAAGUACAGAUGCUACAACUGCCCUGCUCCCUGUUCUGCUCCCACUUCGGACCACUCAUAUUCUCUGAUGCACACACACACGCAUACACAGAUAUAAUUAUACAGAGACCACUGUUUCAAACACACACAAACAGAAUUUCUCUCAUGUGUCUUUGUCCAGGCUUUGUUCAUGUUCAGUGGCUCCAUUCUGGCUCCUCCUGCCAUCAAAUACAGAGAGAGAGACAUACAGAUAGAGACAGAGGUAAAGAGAUAUUAAGAACGAGGGACUGUCACUGUCCAUUUCUACAUCAUUUGCACAUAACUGACCUUUACAUUGUCUCAAAAUUCAAUGACGAUUGAACCAUGAUGAUUGGGGCAGUUGUGGGCUGGAGGUUAGGGAACUAGCCUUGUGACCAGAAGGUCGCAGGUUUGAUCCCUUUGGCUGACAGUCCAUGAGUGAAGUGCACUUGAGCAAGACACCUAACCCCCAGGUGCCGUGGAUAGGGCUGCCCACUGCUCUGGGCACGUAUGCUCACUGCCCCCUAGCGUGGGUGUUUCACUGCAUGGAUGGGUUAAAUGCAGAGGUCUAAUUUCGCAUUUGGCAAAAUGGUUCCAAAUUCUAUUCUAUUCCAAUAGAAAUGCUCCAAAAUUAAUUACACUGACCUACAUUCAAAGGGAAGAAUGUUUCUGCCCUCUCCCCUAAAACCAACCAUGCUGGAGAUGCUUAUCUUUCUCUGGACAGCGACAAAAGCCAGACAGAGAUGCAUAACGCAAGGGAAAGAUAGAUGGAGAGAGAAAGACAGAACCGUCAGUAGAGAGAGAGAUAAAGAGAGGGAGGAGGGGGAGAGAGAGUGAGAGAGAGACAUAGAGAUAAAGAGAGGGGAGGGAGAGUGAAAGACAGAGAUGGGGACGGGAAUCAGUCACUCUGACUGGUUCUUAAUGUUGACAUUGAAGCUUGAUUAAGUGAGGACCACCGAAAGGAAAUGCAGUCAGUGAAUGAAUAUUGAUUCUUGGCAUCUGUGACUUGCUACGGUAACGCACAGUCAUUACGGCAGUGCUGUUCACCCGCAGCUCACGGCCAUGUGGGACUCGAUGUGGCUUGUUUACAGAUAAGAGGUGAAACAACUUGAAAAAGGUUGGCAGGUGUGUAAUAUAAAAGCUGGCGCAAGUGACUGUGGCUCAGAGUCAGCUAGCCAAGCUGAAGUUUCCUUAAGUUUCACAUCACAUUAUGAAAAAGGCUGAAGUUUUAACAGGAUUAGUUGUUACGCAGCCAGCUAGCACACUUGCAAUAUAAACUAUAGACUAAUCAUUUCAAGUGAUUUCAUCUCUUUACUUUAAACAUCACACUUACUGCAUAUGGCACUUCAGUCUACACUCUCUGAGAACUUUAUUAGGUACACCUGUUCAGUUGCUUGUUAACACAAAUAGCUAAUCAGCCAGUCACACGGCUGCAACUCAGUGCAUUUAGACAUGUAGAGGUGGUGAAGACAACUUGCUGAAGUGCAGA